UAUCGCUGGCAAAGUAGAUGUGAUAUGCGGCAACAUAAAACAUCGCAUGCGCAUAGUGUAAAGGCUGGUACGGGAUUUAAUUUUAAUAUCGCACGUCUGUGUCGACUGAAUUAUUGAAUUUCCAAUCCCAUGAAUUUCUUAAGUAGACUGUAUAAAUGGCUAGUCUAGUAAUUCGCAUAGAGAUCGCGUCAUAAUGCAAUGUUCGCUUCCCGAGUCUAAGAGCACGCACACAGAAUGAAUAAUGUUAUAUUUAUCGUAAACAUCAACUAACGCCGUUGACAAGAGAACACGUCGCAUGCAGGAAUACUCAGCCGGCGCCUUGGUGGUCGCCGGCUCUGAUGGAACGCGCGCUGGAUUGCACGCCGUUGACGCGAUAGCGAAAAGUGCGAUUCGACAAGAAGAUGACGUGUGAAGUGUGAAGUAUGACGUGCACGAGCCUGUUUGGGACUCCCAUUUUAUGUAGCUUGUAAAUCAGGUCGCUGUGCCAGAUUUUAUAAAAGGCCUUUAUCACGACAAAGAUCAGGACGUCUGUGGCCCCUUUGAGCCUGAAGUGUCGGGCGUGUUAUUAUAAUUCAAUUUCAGUUCAUAUGAAUAUGCCUGCUCACGAAGCUCCGUGCGUGGAACUAGGUAGUGCCCCACAGACGCCGAAUAUCGCACUAUCGCCUUCACCGUCGGAAAUAUCCAGCACUAGUUCACCUGAACCACCGCUUAUGAGAGCUACUCCCUUAUUUAGGGUAUUGGCAAUGCCCCCACCAGAGCCAGUGCAACCUCCUGGCCAAGAUGAGUUGGAACGCCGUUUACCCGGUUACAGGCGCAUUGUUAUUCCUCGAGAAUUGACUUUAAUCGAAUUACUUAAACAAUGUAGUGGUGUUACCACUGACGAAGAGGUACUUCGCAUCCGAGAGGCAAAACUUCGAGUGGUAGCUGAACGUGUGGGAUUGAGGAGACUUCAUGUGCUUACACCGAGACUACGUUCCCUAAUUUUGGAUGGGAGCGCUUUGUCAUCCCUAAGAGAACUUGGCAUUGGCUUAGUUCAUUUGAAAAUAUUGAGUAUAAGCCGUUGUGGCCUGGCCUCUUUGGAUGGUGUGUGGGGCUUAGGGGCGCUACAGGAAAUGUAUGCUAGUGGAAAUAAAAUUAAAGACUUACAGCCUUUAGGGGCAUUGCAAAAACUGCAUACAUUAAAUUUAGCAGAUAAUCCAGUAGCAGAGUCUAGUCGUCUUUGGACUUUAGGGGUCUGUGGUUCGCUGCGUCGAUUAACAUUAAGCGGAACUCCGGUGGCUGAUUCACCACAUUAUAGAACGAAUGUUGCUUCAUGCUUACCCAUGUUGGUCUACUUGGACGAUCAUCCAUUGCAUACAGAUAUUGAGUAUGGAACUGAUGAUGAGUUUGGUCCACCGUCAUCGAGCUCAGGUAGUGAUGCGGAAGACGAGGAAUUAGCAGCUGUUGCCCAAACUCUGUCUGCUACACCCGAGCCUGGUCCAUCUUCGCAGUUUCCAAAGCCAAAUUUAGAGCAGGCUUCUGAUAGUGAGAGUAAGGCGUCUAAACUAGAAAGGUUGGUACGUCGUCGGCCAGCCACCACGGAAUGUGUUGGGAUGCGUCCCACGAGGCCGUCUCUUCCUGAAAGACCAAGGACCGCUCACAGCAAACCUUCCCUGGAGGCGCCGAGCAAACUGCAGAUAUUGAAUACACUAAUGGAUGAGGAAUGGCGAUGCAGUGGAAGCAAAUUGACUUCGCAUGAACCGGUGUGUGGAAACUUGGCGAGGGCUUUACGCAGACCUGCUACAGCAAGACAAACUUCAGAAGCAGAUUUAGAGAAGUAUUUGGUAGAACAAUCAAUGGAGGGAGCCGACCGGGCAAUGGCGGCGGAAAUUCCGCGCGCACCUCGUCUUGAAGAUUGGGUUAAGUUCAAAGAAUUAACUGGAAUCGAGAUCGACAUUGAUUUUACUGAAAGACCAAAAGGAGCUGAUGCCGCCGAGGUCAUUGAUCGACUGGAUCGCAUAGAAAAGGAGACAUUUGAAAGGCUUAGCAACAAAAAUUUAUCAACACAAGCGGAGAAUAGUGUUUCUUUGACAAAUACUCCACAGUGUACCAAUGGUUCCGUGCCAUUUAUAAGUGAUUACGAUUUGUGGAGGGGAGUACAAGAUUUACCUCCCAUUUAUGACACUAACACCGAAAUAGAUUCUCUGUUUAGAGAUAUUGCUGUAACAGAUCCACUAGACCAUUUAAGGCACGCCGAUUUACGUGAAGAGUGACAGCACUACGUUUUAUUUGCAACAGUUUUGUUGAUUUUUAUUGCAAUUAUUCAACUGAAAAGUGAUCGUAGAAAGCAAUUCAUUUAUUUCACGACUGCGUAACGGAUGAUUAACAAAAAGUGGACGAUUAUUGUGCAAGUUAGACAAGACUUCGCUUAUUGUUAUUGGGCUUGCGACUAUUUUGGUCGUUGCUUGUUUUAUAAUUGUUGUCGUCCUCCGUGGCGCAGCGGUCAACACGCCUGCCUGUGACGUGGAGGCCCCGGGUUCGAUCCCCGGCCAGGUUAUGAUGGAAAACGAUCUUUUCCUGAUUGGCCUGGGUCUUGGAUGUUUAUCUAUAUAUGUAUCUAUUAUAAAUAUAGUACCGUUGAGUUAGUAUCCCAUAACACAAGUCUCGAACUUACUUUGAGGCUAGCUCAAUCUGUGUGAUUUGUCCGUAUAUAUUUAUAUUUAUUAUAUUUAUAUUUAUAAUUAUUUCCAAUUAAUUGCAUACUUAUUUAUCGUGUAGUAUGAGUAUUAUAAUAAUUGUUACAACAUUCGUUUUAGAAUAAAUUGUUGUAGAUUUUCAUUCGUUUCAUUCUAACAUACUGUUGUUUUAAGUGUAACAGAAUGACUUAUAGAAUUUUUAUUUAUACAACUUGGAAUGGCAAAGAAAACAUGGUCAUCUUAUGAGAAGUGGUCAAAACACGAACAGCACCACCGCAUUACAAAAUAUACUGUGAAGCCUAAGUGAAUCCUCAUGCCUAGCCAUUACUAAAGACUAAUAACACAAUCGUAUCCUGUAAUUUCUCGGCCAUUACUAUUCUGUAGACUAAAACUGUUUUUAUGUGGAAAUACAGCCAUACGAGUAGAGUAGCUUAGGAGCAGAAGAAGUCAGUGGGG